AGCCAUCUCGUCUCAAGCAAGAAAGCAAGCAGCUAGGCAAUCUCACACCUGCAAGCAAGAUUCACCUAGCAAUCAGCUUUCAGUUCGACUCGGGGCACGCGAUGACGAAGGACGUGGUGGUUGAGCACGGGGAGAGCUCCAAGGCGCCCCUCGUCGCGCCGGUGGCGGCCGGCGUCAACCGUGCCGUGUCCAUCAUCGACGUCUUCCUCCGGUUCAUCGCCAUCAUCGGCACCAUCGGCAGCGCCAUCGCCAUGGGCACCACCAACGAGACGCUCCCCUUCUUCACGCAGUUCAUCCAGUUCGAGGCCAAGUACAGCGACCUCCCGUCCUUGACGUUCUUCGUCGCGGCGAACGCAGUCGUCUGCACGUACCUCGUCCUGUCCAUCCCGCUGUCCAUCGUGCACAUCAUCAGGCCCACAGCGCGCUACAGCCGUCUGAUCCUGGUCUUCUUCGACGCGGCGAUGCUCGCUCUGGUGACGGCCGGCGCGUCGGCGGCGGCGGCGAUCGUGUACCUGGCGCACAAGGGCAACGUGCGGGCGAACUGGUUCGCCAUCUGCCAGCAGUUCGACUCCUUCUGCGAGCGCAUCUCGGGCUCCCUCAUCGGCUCCUUCGCCGCCAUGGUCAUACUCAUCGUGCUCAUCUUCCUCUCCGCGUUCGCGCUCGCGAGGCGCCACUGAUCGCGAUCAGCUCCACGCCAACGGGAAGGAGCUCCGUUUCUUUUCGAGCGCGCGCUGCUCGAUCGUGCAUGCACCGAUAUCAAUGGAUGCAUCUGCUUUUGUUUUGUGGCUUCUUCCCCAGUUAUGCUUCGUUUGCUCUUUGGUUUUGCUCGAUCUAUUGUAACAGUCCAUUGUUGCCCUUAAUGUACAAAAGGACGAGUCAAACUACGAUAUGCAGUGUGAUAAUGGUGGAAAGGAAAUUUGUGAA